UUCUCCAGCUGGGUGACUGUUUACAGCUGUGGGACUUCGGCGUGUGGCGGCGGGGGGAGCAGAAGAGGAGGCAGGAGGAGGGGGGAGGAGGAAAAAGAAGGGCCGGCGGAGGCUGCUGGUGCUGGAGGAACAGAAUUGGUUUUUGAAUCGGCGCGAACCAUGGGAGGUGCUGUAAGUGCCGGCGAGGACAAUGAUGAAUUAAUCGAUAAUCUGAAGGAGGCGCAGUACAUCCGGACAGAACUAGUGGAACAGGCCUUCCGGGCUGUGGACAGAGCAGACUAUUACCUUGAGGAGUUCAAGGACAAUGCUUACAAAGAUUUGGCUUGGAAACAUGGGAAUAUUCAUCUCUCUGCUCCCUGCAUUUAUUCAGAGGUUAUGGAAGCUCUGGAUCUGCAGCCUGGGCUUUCUUUCUUGAACCUGGGAAGUGGCACUGGCUACCUGAGUUCCAUGGUUGGACUCAUCUUGGGCCCUUUCGGUGUUAAUCAUGGCGUAGAGCUUCACUCUGACGUUAUAGAAUAUGCAAAGCAGAAACUGGACUGCUUCAUCAGAACAAGUGACAGCUUUGACAAGUUUGAAUUCUGUGAGCCUGCCUUUGUUACUGGCAACUGCUUAGAGAUCUCUCCAGACUGCUGUCAGUAUGACCGCGUGUAUUGUGGUGCUGGUGUCCAGAAGGAGCAUGAAGACUAUAUGAAAAACCUGCUGAAAGUUGGUGGGAUCCUUGUCAUGCCACUGGAGGAGAAGCUGACUAAGAUAACUCGAACUGGCCCUUCAGCCUGGGAGACAAAGAAGAUCUUGGCUGUCUCCUUUGCCCCUCUGAUCCAGCCCAACCAUGCGGAUUCAGGAAAGUCAAAACUUGUUCAUCUGCCCCCAGUGAUGGUCCGCAGCCUCCAAGACCUCGCCCGCAUUGCCAUCCGCAGCACCAUUAAAAAGCUGAUCCACCAGGAAACAGCAGGUAGAAGCGGCAACGGCCUCCGGAACCCACCAAGGUUUAAGCGGAGGCGCGUCCGGCGGAGGCGCAUGGAAACCAUUGUCUUCUUGGACAAAGAGGUCUUUGCCAGUCGGAUCUCAAACCCCUCUGACGAUAAUAAUUGUGAAGAAUUGGAGGAAGAGAGCAGGGAAGAGGUGGAAAAAGCUGUCCCUGAACUGAAGCCCGACCCUCCUAUAAACAUCUUGAGGGAGAAGGUCUUGAGCCUCCCUUUGCCUGAUCCUCUGAAAUAUUACCUGCUCUAUUACAGAGAAAAAUAAGGCCAUUGUCAGCAUACAGCAGAGAGGUAGGCAGGACAUUAAAACACUGCGUAGGGCUUGACCAAUGUUUGCCACUUGCUUGCCUGUUAAUGUGACCACGCAUGGUGGGGAAGCUGGCCAGGGAAUGUGGCUGCCACGUUCUUAAAACACGAUACCAUUUUUCAGAUUCUUUCCCUUGGUUUGCGUGCUCCGGUUUUGUCCUCCUCCCAUGGCAGGGAGCAGAGCGGGGACAGGCUGGCAGCAGCCGCUUCUGCUGCUUCCUGAAAUGAAGAUUUCAUUCAGUAGAAAAGAAAAAGAAAAAACGACAACCUUGCCGAGACACCUGUGGAUAUCUCACCUGUGUUCUUUUGCUGAGUGACCAUUUCAGAAGUUACUUUGGGCAACUCCUAAAUGAAGCUGCUUCACCCUAAAAGAGCAAAGCAGCACAAUAGUAUAAUCUGACCUGGUAAGCCUUGCCCCUAAAAGUAAAAAAAUCCCACCAAAUUCACAAUAUUGGCAAAAGGCAUUGAAUAUGGGGUUGGCAUAUGUUGAGUGCCCAAUUAAAGCUGUUUUUUUUUCAUCAGCAGGGACUCUAGGGAAAACUUUCUUCAUGGGAGAGUAACACUCCCCAGAGAAUCAGUGUGAUCUCCGAAAGAUUCAUCAGGAGAAUUCCUGUUUGGUACAUGAGUGAGAAAAAGGCUGUGUGUGCUUCAAAAAGGAAACAACCAAAACGGCAGCACUUUCUGCUGCAGAAGUCCUUCCCCCCUGCUUUAAACUUGAUUGCGUACAUACUUGCUCAUUUUAUCCAGUUUGUGGUUACAUUCUCUGAAAGAAGAAAAGUAGAGGGGAAGGAAACGCAGCUACUGUUUCCUUCUGAGGGUCUGUUGCAUGAGUGCUAAGCCAGAUAGGUAAUGUGGCAGCUGCGAAGAUUGUUCUGAAGCUAGUUUUCUGGGCAGAUGGUUGUGUUCUCUCAGAGGGUGUCCAGAAAUUGGAAUCAAUUAAAUAAAAUUGUCAGUGGCUGGGUGCGUUGCCAUGUCUGUGCCCCAGCAGGGACCUCUGAAGCAGAAAAAGGGCUGGAAGACUCUUUCUGUAGGGUUUUUCCUACAUGAAAUAUGAUUGCCGCCAAAAUCAUCUUUGUUUGUUUUUCCUGUUUGGAACCAAUUUCACCAAUAUGCUUUAGUUUGAUAGUACAAGAGGCUGUGUUAGACUGUGGAGCAUCCACUUAAGUAGGAUUUUAGCCUUGAACUCUGAAGCAAGAAAAGAAAGAAGAGUGUAUCUUGUGAAAAUGUUGUGUUUCCACCCAGCUGGGAGGAACUGGGGUGAAACAUCAAAUAUUGCCACACGAUACUUUUUAAUCCCUUUUUUAUUUCCUUUAGAAUUGCCUACUUUGGUUAACUUAAAGUUUUCCUCUCUUUAAGUGACAAAGACAAGUUAGGAUUGUCCAGUAUAGCAGAUGGCCAUCUUUCACAUAUCUGUGUUUAAAUUCAUACUUCAGGAUGCAAGCAUCUUUCAAGCCCAGGCCCAUAGUAUAGAACAGGUAACCCCAGGCUGUACACAAUAGAGCAAUGUGGUAUUACGAUGCACCAGAGACUUGGUUAGCUCUUGCUUUGCAGUCUGCCCAGGGCCACGUGCAGCCCAGAAAGUAGCUGUACCCGUGUUCCUGUGGCAUCCGAGGUUUUAAGGCAGUGAUGGCUGAUCUUUCACACAACUUAGACCCCAUUUUGUACCUGUGAGUUAAAGAUGUGUCUUCCCUCUGAAGUAAAAGAUGUAACUUAACACACAAAGCUGUCUGUUAAAAUCCCCGUCCCUUUCUCUAUCCUGUGAGCAAUGCUUUAAACAACUUCCGAUUCCAUAUGAAGCUGCCUUGUACCGAUCCCGGCUGUGCAUGCAUUCGGGCCAGCGACGUCUUCUGUGGCUGGCCACAACUCUCCCAAGUCUUGCGUGGUGUGUGUCUUUCCCAUGGCAAAUGCCGUUUGCAUCAUCCACAGAGCAGCUUGCCAGAGGAGCUGCCAAAUUUGCCUCCCUGAUUUUAAUUUAAUCUUCUAAAACUUUGGUAAACAAGCUUCUUGGAGGUCACCGUCACAUCUGUCCUGAAGUGAGGCACACUUUCCGUUAACGGUGUUUCUGGCUUCUUUCCCGCAUCGCUUUAUCAAAGAUGCUGUGAAGGGUUUUCUUCAUCAACUUGUCCUGUUUUUAAUUACUUAGGAUUCUCUUUCAAAACUGCAUAGAAAAAUAGUGUCUUGUAGCCUUGCCUUGCUUUGGUUGAAAGAUACAAGUAGAAGCAAUUGUGAUCUAUCCAGUAGCAUUUUCGAUACACAAAGGUAAUGUGUGGGUGGGCACACAGCGUAACUGAAAUAACAUAGGCUGUAGCUUUUGUGACGGAAGGGGAAUUACAGUGUGGCAUUCAUAUACACCAGCAUCUACACACUGUUGAUUCCAGUCAGUGGAUGUUCUUAGUAAACUAACUUGUACCUGCUGACAUUAUUUUUUGUGAUCUAUGUAAACCCCUUUUUCUCCCCCGUAAAUGGCCUACCAUUUGCAGUUUCACCUAUCUGCGUUUUAAGCCCGAGGUUGUUAUUUCAUAGCUUUUGAUAGGAUUUGCAGAAGGAGACGAUAUGCCAUAAGUUUUGCUUUAGUGUGGUAUCUAAAGAUGUAAAUAGCUAUAAACAUGAAGAUCAGAAAAACAUGCUUUCUGAGGCAUGGAGAAAUGUCAGAAGCAGGUGAUUUAAAUACAAAUUUUAUCAAAAUAAAUGUCUGUGUCAAUAAACAUGGUCCCACUUUAA